AAAUGUUAUCAGCUAUUUUGAAAACAGAAACAAAACAAUAUUGCUUUUUGGGUCUUGAAGUCAGCUCUGAUUUUGUAUAAAAGCAAAAAGUUGUGAGUUAAGAAAUCAGUACAAAAUAUUAUAACAAACUACAAAGACAUCGAGUGAAAAAAAAUCUUUUAUACACACACAUAAUGGCAAAAUUCUUUAUGAUUGUUCUCUUCGCCUUGAUGGCUGUGGCCAUGGCUCGUCAUAGUGGCUACGGUAAUGAACGUGGACGCGGUGGACAACAAGGAGUUGGAGGUGGCUAUGGUGGUGGCAGCCAAGGUGCUGGUUUCGGUGGCAACCAAGGACAUGGUGCUGGUCUCGGUGGCAAUCAAGGACAUGGUGCUGGUCAUGGUGGUAGCCAAGGACGUGGUCCACAAGGAAAUGGUGCCGGUUUCGGUGGUCAACAGGGUGGCGGUUAUGGCGGACAAGGUGCCGGUUUCGGAGGACAACAAGUUGGCGGUCAAGGUGGACAUGGCUCCGGUUAUGGAGGUCAACAAGGACACGGUGGACGUGGCACAAAAUACUAGAUUUUAAUAGGAACAAACAAACAAAUAGAUGAUUGCUUUUGAACAAAAAAA